CCAUAGGCCAUAAGUGAUGUUUCGUAAUAUAUUUUCUUUUGGUAAUUGAUGGGGUUCCGUUGUUGAUAACAUAAUAAUAGCUCCUACUCAACACAGCCAUGGCGCGUGGAUUGAUACUCUAUACUCCAGCCAACACCUCUUCCCAAAUAAUCCUAACCUCUAUUUCUCGAACAACAUUCAAAUUUACAAACACCCCUCGAAUUACACGGCGGCCCAUUACCUUAAACUGCAGUUGCACCGAUGACCCAGUUGACAUUUCGAGCUACACACAAGUGUUUGCCAAGAGGAUGGCCAUGGCUGGCCUCCACCCUCAUCAUCGUAUAGCUCUGGGUGUCUCUGGUGGGCCAGACAGUAUGGCUCUGUGUGUAUUGGCUGCUCAUUGGAAAAAACAAGGCCUUGAAAAUCAAGGCCUUGGUUCUGGUAUCCCAGAGCUGAUUGAUGGAAUUUUGGGAAUUAUUGUUGACCAUGGAUUGCGCAGUGAGAGUGGAACUGAGGCUAAACUCGUGCAACGUCGGCUUGUUAAAAUGGGAAUCAGCUGCGAAAUUGCUUGUGUUGAUUGGGCAAAUGGGAAGCCUAAACAGGGACAUGUGCAAGAAGCAGCUCGUGCUGUGAGGUACCAGCAACUUCAAAGAAUUUGUAACCAGUACCAGAUGAGCGCGUUACUAGUUGCACAUCAUGCAGAUGAUCAGGCAGAGUUGUUUAUUCUUAGGCUAUCUCGUAAUAGUGGUGUCCUUGGACUUGCUGGAAUGGCAUUUACAUCUCAGGUGUUUAACACAAAUUCGAAUUGCAUAAUUGGAGAUUCGAAUAGCAUAUUAUUGGUUAGGCCAUUGCUGAAUUUUACGAAAGAUGACAUGUACAAGAUAUGCCAGGGGGAUAAUCAGGAAUGGGUGGAAGAUCCAACAAACCAAAGUCAAGUAUAUGUCCGUAAUCGGAUCCGAAAGUCAUUGACAGAUAUUUCAUCAUCUAUCUUAAAGCGUGAACUUCAGAUGGUAAUUUCUGCCUGUGGACAAACGCGUAUGUAUGUGGACCAGUUUUGUCAUUAUCUGAUAAUGCAGACUGUGACAAUAACAACACACGGGUAUGCUGUUGUUGAUUUAGAGAUCCUCAAUUCGAUGGAAAUCAGUUAUCUGUGCCUUUCGAAGUUUGUAACGUUGCUGUUGAAGUUCAUAUCCCAAAGCCACAGACCAGUUCGAGGAAGUGCAUUGAAACAAGUGAUGGACUAUGUUCGAACUUACCCCUGCAAGACUUCAUUCACUGCAGCUGGUUGUUAUCUUUGUGCAGCUCCAGGGUCUAAAGGAACCAAAGUCCUGGUUUGUUUAUCAAAGAAUAGUGCUUUGCCUUUAAAGAUGCAGUUGCUGUACAGGGAUUCCUGUGAAGGAAAAAAAUUUCAUACCUUCAGUGAGGUUGAAAAACAUGUGGAACAUGUAGAGUCUUAUUCUGAUAAGAUGAUUUUAAAUGCCUCAGAUGUACACUUUUUGGAUACAACAUCAUCUACAUCAUUGCUGAAUGAAGCGAAGAAACUCAGCUUGCUUUCUGAGUCAACACAUACAACAAUUAUUUCUUUGCGAGAUGAUGAAAUAGAAAAAUUCGUGUCUAAGACUUCUAAAGUGCCUAAAAUUGAAUCAGAAACAGAAGCUCUACACACUGCAUCAACUUCCUUCGGGAACUCACUUCCCUCUAAUACAAUUGGUUACUACAUGAACAGAUUUUUGCUUGAAUGGAAACUGACAAAGGAUAUUUCAAAUAAUGCAUAUUCUGCGGACAAGGACCGUCAAGGACAGGGUUCGGGGGAGACAGUUCAUCAAUAUUAUUGCAAGUGUUGUCUAGUUAAGUUUGAUAUGGAACUUGAAGUUCGCUGCAUGAUUGAUGCUGAUUGGUUGUAUCUUGCUGAUUUAGUAAAGUGCUGCGAUGUGAAUGAUUUUCUUAAUAAGCAACUACUAGAUAUGGGAAUGUCCAAGGAAGCAGAGUCAGUGGAAACAUAUUCAGAAUUUUCAAGAUCAUCAGCAGAAAGAGCUCUCUUGUCACUGAAAUCUAUCCCAGUUGCUGCAAGAAGAGGCCUGCCUGUGCUAGUCCAUCCUCAAGGACUACUACUCAGCAUUCCGAGUGUUGACUUCAAGCACUGCCCUGGCUUGGAGGUAUCUGCGAUAUGGAAACCUAGAGCACCUCUUGAAGGAGGUCAAUGUUCCUAUAUAUAGUCUUUGCUAGGUGGCUAGGUGGCUUGCAGAGUUGCAGUAAUGAAUACAUUGGGACUGAAAAAUGGUAUCCGCAUCUUUGCUAAACUGUGUCUGUCUGUCCCUUUGUAAGAUACUUCCCUGCAAAUUGUAUUUCUAUAGAAGCAUGUAGCAGAGUUCAAGUUCUCAACCAGUUCAUAAGAUUAAUUUACUGAUGUAAUAUGAAGGUGACAAGGUAAAAUUUUGUCUAGGCCUAUAUGUAGCUAUGUGAUUUUUGCAGACUUGGCCAAUUUUGUCUAUGGCAUUCACAAUAUUAUGGAAGAGGGUUUCUUGAAUGCAAGGGGUGCACUGUUACUUGGAAACUCCUGAAGCUUGAUUCUUCAACUUUGAGUCAUAUCCCUGUGGAAAUGUAUCAACUUUAGAGUGUGCCUUCUAUUCUCUUGGAUAAGUAUUAAAAUAUAUCCUGGCGUUACUGAAUGUUAAUGGCAGCAAAUUAUAGUGUGUUUUUCUUUUGGGGCAGGGUUAAGAAGGAUGAACUCUAUAGUUUUGUGCAACUUGGUAGUAUACAACUCGAAGUUAUUUCCCCCCCUGAGGUUGGAUAUUACAAGCAAGGGCUUCUGAUAGGUUUUCGCCCCUGCGCAGAAGCUACAUAUUGUGCCUUGCUGCUGUAGUAGAGGCGUUCGAUCUUAUUCUUGUUUUAACUUUCAUCUUUAAGGUGGCUAUGACAUUUACAGCGGGAUUCUGAAGGGUGUUUCUGCUGUGCUGUGUAUUUCCUCUGCAAGCUACUGUUACAUUCUUGUUGCAUUAUAUUUUUGAAUCCAUUUUUACCCGGAAGAAACUUUAUGAGGCUGUUGUAUUAUA